UUUCAUUUAAUCAAAAAAAUGGCGGAUUCUGGAAGUGAAGAGGAGGUACAGAAGGAAAUUCAUUUGAACGUAAAAACAACUACGGAAAGCUACGAUAUUGCAGUCUCAGACAAAGCUACGAUUUCAACGAUCAAAUCAGUAUUGUCAGAAAAAAUCAAUCAGCCGAGCGAGAAGCUUUGUCUUAUAUUUUCCGGCAAAAUUUUAAAGGAUCAUGAAACGCUUACUCAGCACUCGAUCAAAGAUGGAAUGGCCAUUCAUCUUGUCAUACGAAAUUCAAAACAGCAGGUAAGCAUACAGUAUUCAGCCUUUAAUAACUUAAUAUAUUUUGCUUUCAUUGUACUUUCAAACAAUUAUUUCAGCCUACUACACCGUCCUCUGGAAGCAGAUCAACAUCUUAAAAAUAUUAUUUUUAAGCAGAAUCCAACGUUGUCAGGAAACUCAAUGGGUGGAUUGAUGGGAGGUGCAUUAGGAAUGGCCCAGCAAAUGAUGCAGAAUCCAGAUGCUCUCCGUGAGAUGACAAAUAGUCCAAUAAUACAGUCAUUAUUAAACAGUCCAGAAAUAAUACGUUCAUUGAUUGCUGAUAAUCCUCAAAUUCAGCAAGUCAUUGAAGCGAACCCUGAAUUGGGUCAUCUGUUAAAUGAUCCCGAAAUUAUCAGACAGACCAUUGAAAUGGUCAGAAAUCCGACCAUGUUUCAAGAAUUAAUGCGUAGUCGUGAUCAAGCAAUAAGAAAUCUUCAGGGUAUUCCUGGUGGACAAGCAGCACUUCAGCGUUUAUAUCAUGAUGUACAGGAGCCUCUUCUGAAUAGUGCAUCUAGCACUUUUGCUGGCAAUCCUUUUGCAACAUUAGUAGAUAAUUCCAACAAUAUUACAUCACGAAGUCAGCAUGCUGGCGUUGAAAAUGCUGAACCGCUGCCCAAUCCAUGGGGUAAUAAUUCAAGCACAACAAAUUCUGCUCCAAAUGUUGGCAGAGGGCUUGCGCAGUUAUUUGCGUCAUCAGGAAAUUCACCAUCAGGGGAUAGGAACAAUGCUUUGCUCAACAUGGAUUUUAGCACUUUAAUGAAUAUGAUGCAACAACAUCCAUCAGCUUUGCCGCCGUUAGAUAUGAACGCAUUGCGAGCAUAUUCUAAUCCUAGAGUUAUUGAAGCUUUCCAACAAAUUGAAAGUGGCAUGAAUAUUCUGCGUCAAGAGGCACCUCGGAUUUUACCUCCUGGAUUUGUUCCACCUGUCACACCGACAACCACAACAGCCAGUACUGCUGCGAGCAACACGGUUACGAACGGAACGACAGGAACGACGACGGCACCAUCAUAUGCGACUCCGACUAACGAGCAAGCAAUGAUGAUGCUUAAUCUAAUAAGACAAAUGACUGGCACGAGCCUUGCCGGAUCUACUCAGCCACCCGAAGAGCGUUACCGCAGUCAGUUAGAGCAGUUAACGAGUAUGGGAUUUAGUAAUCAGGAAGCUAAUAUUCAAGGUAACCUAAUUUCUCAGAAUAUACUCCAAAUAUGUCGAGAAGCAAGUACUGCAAUUUUUGUUUUAUCUCAUUAG